AUGUUGUUUUGGCUUUAUAUCCCUCUUGUUGCUGGCUCGUUAUUGGCUUCUCUCUCGCUCUAUUUCAAAUGGUGGCACAAGCUGAGCGUACCAGCUCAGAUCACCCGUUUGAUUUUUCAUGCGUUCCGAUUGAAGGCCAAAUAUUGGACAGGAAUGGAUACAUUGAGAUCUUCAAGUGACUCGAGAGAAGAUAACUCGCUCCAAAACUUAUCGGAACAAGAAUUAGCUCUCAUCUACAUGAUGGAUACGCUGAUUGGCAAAUUUGAUGGUGCUGAAAAUCAGGUGCCCGUGGAUAAUGAUUUCAUGGACAAGGACAAGCCCCGAGAAGAAAUUAUAGCAGAAAUUGCAAAAUUUAGAGAAACACUACCUGCAGGAAUCCAUCAAUCGAAAGCAGGGCCAUUCUUCUAUCCCGAAGAGAAGGUGUACUUGAGAACGAAUUUUGAAAAUAUUCACAACAAGAAUCCCAGCAUUUACUUUAAUUUUCAUGACAUGAAAUUGAGGCAAGCGACUACUACUGCAACAAAGAACGAUCAAAGAAUUGCUCUCAUUCAUUUCCAUGGCGGUGGCUAUAUUAUGGGGGAGCCGUCGACAUGCUACACGAUGGAAAAGCUCUGCUCAGAGAAUGGAUUUGAUUUGUUUGGAGUGGACUAUAGUUUAUAUCCGGAAAAUAAUAUUGAGGAUGCUAUUGAGGACGCUUUUAAAGCAUUCAAAUGGCUGGUCGAUGAGAAACAACCGAGUGAUGUCAUAAUUUUCGGAGAAAGUGCCGGAGGUCAUUUGGGGCUCAUGUUGUGUGAUCGAGUGGCUCAGGAACGAGAGAAAAACUCUGCAUUUGCCCAACAAAACCAGUACAACUGCAUUCGAGGCUACUUUGGCUUCUCUCCGUGGUGUGACGUCUCCAUGUCGAGUAAGGGAAUGAAUGAUCCAAACCAUUGUGAUCGAGCAUUGCCAAACAAGGCACUGAAUCAAUUUAAAAAGUGGGGAAUUCCCCUUGGAUUUCAUCAAGAAGAAAGAGCCAAGAAAUUGUCACCCAUUCAUUUCGAUUCCAGCCGACUCGAUCGAUUGAAACAAGUCAAUUCUCGAUAUUUAUUUUCCUACUCAACGAAUGAAAGGUUAUGCUCAGAAAUUGAAACCUUUAUGGACAUGCUGGAAAAUGGUGGCUGUUACGUUGAAAAACAUACUGUCACAAUACCAUUUCAUUGUUUUCAUGUUUUUUGCGAUUUUAUUCCAGAGCAAUUUUCAAAAUUGGAAAAACAACUCGAGACUUUUAUUCUCAAUUCCACCACAACAGCAAGUAUUUGA